AUGCCCAGCUCGUGUAAAGAACUGCGCGAUGCGCUCGCCCAGUGCCUCCAGGAAUCCGACUGCGUCAUGGUCGACCGCAACAAAGCCGGCGACUGCCUCCGCGAACCCCUCGUCGACAACCUCCCCCUCAAGUGCCGCCAGCUCAAGAAGGGCUUCGGCGACUGCAAGCGCGGCAUGGUCGACAUGCGCAAGCGGUUCCGCGGCAACAUGCCCGUGCAAUACCGCACCAUGGAGGCGGCCGAGCAGGGCAAGGGCUACCAGCUGUACGCGGGCAAGCCGGCCUUUGCGGGCUCCGUCAGGACGACGGACGGAAACGAGCCCAUUCCCGAGGAUUGGCGGGAUGUCGAAAACGAAAAGUACAUGCUGGAGAAGCAGCAGCAACUGCAGCGGGAGCAGCAACAACGGGAACAGAAGAAAUGA